AUGGAACAAGAAGAUACAAAGAAAACACAAGAAAUGAAGACUGACCUGAAUUUAUUAUUGGAGUGCCUAAAGCAUCAAAUGGACAGCCCUUUUUCACAGAAGGAAACUUUGGUCACUAUUCGUUCAGUUUGUCUGCAUAAUAGUAAUGCAGGUGCUUAUUUUCGGGAAAUUGGUGGUUUGAUGUUUGUAAAAAAUCUUGCAAAGUCAAGUGACCAUAGCAUGGUGAAAGAAGCAGCCUUAUGCACAUUAGGAGCAGUUGCAGAACAAAAUGUUUAUUGUCAGCAGACUUUAUGCACACCAGAGUUAUUUGAAGACUUAACUCAGUUCCUAUCUAAUAAUGAGUCUAACAUAAAUUUGAAAAGAACAUCUGUCUAUGUUAUUUUGGUUCUGGUUUCACAUAAUAGGACUGGACAAACACUUGUGAGAGAAACAGGUUGUAUUAAAGUUCUGUUACAGUUGUUCAGGACGGUUCUCUCACAGUCGGAGUUGAAUUUGUCAGAUAAGAAUGUUUUCCAGCGGUACCAGUUGUGGUCUUCAGUGUGCAGUACUCUUUGUGCCACUGUCAACAAUCCUCGAAAUGAUGACAAUCAGGCAAUGUGCCGCUCACUUUUUCCACAUGCUAAUGAGUGGCUAAUAAAUUGUAUGCACCCUGAGAUAAUUCGCCCUAUUUGUUCAUUUAUUGGACUCACUCUUUCAAACAAUACUUAUGUUCAGAACUACUUUAUAUCUGUGGGUGGACUGGAUAUAUUGUCUCAGGUUCUUGUGAAACUGGAAUCUGAUUCACACAAGACUUUUUCCAGUGCUAAACUUGCAGUGGUGGUGGCAAAGACAGUGAACGCAUGUAUUGCUGAUAAUCCUACUUUUAGGGUAAUACUAUACAAGUACCACAUUGUUUCAAAACUUCUGGCAUUACUGCUUCAUGAAAGUCUGGAUUCAGGAGAAAAAUCGAGCAUUAUUCUUACUCUUGGACAUUGCACAGAGGAUUGUGUGGAAAAUCAGUAUGACCUUUUUAAAAACAAUGGGCUUCCACUUAUGAUACAAGCCUUAACGGAAUCUCAGAAUGAUGAACUCAACAGAGCUGCCACUUUUGUGCUUCACAACUGCAAAAAAAUUUCUGAGAAAUUGUCUCUAAAUCCAGAAGAAUAUUCUUUUAAUAAAAAUGGAGCAGAACAAUGUAACAACAUAAAUGUGAAAGAGAAUCUUCAAGAGUACUGGAAGAAAGCAAAGGAAAUUCUACACAGAAUAAAGCAGUUUGAAAGAGAAGAUGAGGGACACAUAGAAAGAAACAACUAUAAGGCUAGUGUUUCACCUGUGAAGUUAAAUACAAAGAAGUUCCUCCAUGCAGAUAAUCCUGAUAGAGGUACACAAGCAGAAGAUGUGGAUAAAAGCCAGUCUAGUCAGCCUCAGAACUGUAAAUCCCAUGGAGUUAUAGCUAAAGCGUGUACACGUGUUGACCAGAUGCACACUCUGUUGAAGAAUGCAAAUCCAGUCAGCGCUUGCUAUAGGGAAAGCAGGAAAAAUAAGACUUUACUUAAGGCCAAUUCAAGCUGCAAUCAAAACUUAAAUGAAAAAACAACUUUUGAAAGAGAUACUUUUGCUUCUCAGUCAAGAUCCAUUUACGUUAUGUUCAGACAUAAUAAAUAA